CUCUGGAACUCCUUACCCGUUGGCAUUAGAUGCGCUCAAUCUCUUGCUGUGAAGAACAUUAUUUAUCUCUCCCUUAAUGUUUAUAUAGUACAUAGUUAUUUUUACUCUGUGGCUGACAUGCUGCUGUCAUAUUUAGCUAUGUUUCGGUUAAUUUUAAAUAUAUUUAUAUGUAUGUUUAUGUAUGUCUAUUUGUAUUCCUUAUAUGUGUAUGUUUAUUCACUGUAAUUGUGUGUGUGAAUCUAGGCUCCAUAACGGUUUGGCAACACCUACUUUUUCGAUUAACUUCUCUAUUUCCGCUACCCAAAGGUUGUCUGGAAGAGAUCGCUUUUUAGCGAUAAGACCGCCUGUUGUCUGCCUCUAAAUUUAAUCAAUGGUUUAUUUUUCUUGUAUAUUUUUACUGAGGUGUGCCAAUAAAGAGUAUUCUAUCUAUCUAUCUAUAUUUCAAUCGAUGCAAUAUUAUUUAUAACUAUGAAACCCUAAUCUACUUCAAAUGCAUCAUAAAUUCGAAAUAUAAAUACAAGUAUUAAAUAACCAAACUGCAUGAUGUGCCACAUUUGUCUUAGUUAAAAAAGCCAUUAAUGCACAGUGUUCCGAAUAUGUCACAAAGUUAUACAAAUAAAUAAUUGUAAUACAAAUGUGUUUACUUACGUAGACUUCCUUGUUGAGGAUUCAUUUAACUACACAUAACAAUAGCAACUUCACCAAAACUUUGAUUUGAUGGAAUAAAAUCGCGAGCCGAAAUACCUCCGCCGUGCUCUGUCACUAAAUCACCGCAACCGGUUUUCUACUCACAUUAUUUGUAGUAUCACGAAAGAUCCAGUAUGCCACAACUACCCUGUUGUGUGAAGCACUUCUCUAGCUAAUAAAUAAAAAGAUAUAAAACGGCACACAGAGAUGGCGUUAAUAAAGUGUGGUAGCCGGAAAUAUCAAGUGUGACAAAUUUCUGACGGUAUGCAGUAAAGGGUUAAAUAAUCAAUUAUUUAUAUUUUAUUAACCGCCUUCAAAACCAAGGAGGCUCUCAGUUUGACCCGUAUGUUUUUAUGUAUCUAUCUUUGUUCGCUAUUAUAUCGCGUUUAGCUGAACCUAUUUUGAUGCGGUUUUCAGAAAAUUGGUUGUUACAUUCUAGGGAAGGUUUUAUUAUACAUGGAUAUUUUGAAGAAUCAAUUGGACCCGGUAGGUGACGCUGCUAUCGGUAUAUAUUCAAAGCUCAAUGCUUGUCCGCCGCUGAACUAACCACGAUCGAAACUGGCGAUCUAGCUUUCUGUUUUGCGAGGAUAUAGAAACGGUAUAAUCUGUUGUGGAUUCAAUUAUUUUUUUAUCGCAUGUUGUUCGAUCGAUCCGCGCCAGUACAGGAAAAUACUAUUUUCAUUUCUAAUUCUCUUCAUCAGAGGGUCAUUUUGCGUCAUUUGGGCGCCUAGCCUUCCACUCAUAGGUAAAACGCGUCUUCCAAAAAAGGUACUCGGCCACUGUCACCGUUUCUUGGUAAGAUUUUAGUGACCAGUUCCAUGCAAGCGUGAGCGGAGGCUAUUACAGGAGGCAUUUCGCAGAGUGUAGUCUAAGUUGCGGAUGUGCAAAGGGAAGAGCUAUGAGGGCGCUGUACGAAGUGUAGAAAUCAUGCGUGGCAUGGGGAAGCAGUUACGUAAUCGUUAUAUAUAUAUAUAUAUAUAUAUAUGUUUGUUUACUAUCUGUGCAUUACACGUCAGUCUAUACCGGAUCGUCUUGUUUCAUUGACGCGCCUAUCUACCUAACAGUGGCAAACGAGUAUAUUAAAUUUAAAUCGCCGCGUGCGUGAUUUUUCGAUGUAAAUAUCAGGGGCGGCGGCUCCAUACAACUCGAUUCCCACCGGCUUGCCUAAAAUUUAUUGCUACAUAAACCAAACUUAUAAAUCAUCAUUAAAAUUAAAAAUAUUAUAUCCAUAAUGAAAACACUACGUAAUACAUUACCUUGUUAACACGAUUUACUAAAGCUUCACUAUUGACUAAAUUUCAACUAAUCAUAGCGAGCGCGCGAAGAGAAGCUCAGCUUGACUAUUCAUUCAUGCGCCCCUACACAGAUACGAAAACUCACGCACACGCUCAUAAAUUUUGUUAUAGAGAGUGCGCGCGAAUGAGCUUCAAAGGUGUGACAUAUGUGGGUAGAUUUAGUAAUCAGGCGCCGACUGAAUGUGGGUAGGCUUAAUUCUUCGUUCUCGAAUACAUUCUAUGUUGAACGGACGUGUUUCCUUGGUGCCUCCUCAUCAGCCCCUACCCUGGCCAGAAGGCAUAUCUAACAGUGGCGACGGGACUGUGAUCUACGUGUCGAACUUUUUAGUGUUGUGGUUUAGUUAAUCGUGUUAAUAAACAGUUACAAUGGCAGUCGGAAAGAUAGCCCCGUUCGAUAUGAACAAAGAUUGUUGGGACUUAUUCGUGGAGCGUUUAGAACAGUAUUUUAUAGCGAAUUCAGUGAGUGACACGGUUAAAGUGGCUACUUUAAUUACUGUGAUAGGCAGUGACGCGUAUGAACUUAUGGUUAAUUUGUGUACGCCGGCGCGCCCGGCAACAAAGACUUUUGAUCAGUUGAAGGCCAUUAUGAAAUCGCACUUGCAACCUAAACCGAGUGUAUUAGCAGAAAGGUUCAAAUUUCGACAACGACGUCAAGCGAGUGAUGAGAGCAUAGCUGAGUAUGUCGCAGCCUUGAAGAAAAUGUCAAUGACUUGCAAUUUUGGCGCGGACUCAUUGCAAGAAAAUUUAAGGGACCAAUUUGUUUGCGGUCUAUCGAAGGAUGUUAUGCGACAGCGGCUAUUCGCAGAGGAGGGAAUCACGUUCGAGAAAGCUUUUAAAUUAGCCGUAACGAUAGAUUCGGCCGAGACGGAAUCGGCGGUUAUGGAGAAGCGAGUAGACAACCAUGGAGGAAGUACGGGUGUCUACCAGGUGGCAUCGAGCCGGGGGCGGGGGAGCUACGGUCACGGAGAAGCCGCCGGGGGACGGAAGGUCACGGGGGCUACGCGAGGUUGGGCGGGCGCCGGGCGCGGCGCGAGCGGCCGGGGCGGACGGCGCGGGCCGGGCGUCGCGGGCGCCGGCCGCGAGCGCGGCGCGCACGGCGGCGCAGCUGGCUGCAAGGUGUGCGGCGGCAGUCAUGACUCCAACACGUGCAAGUUUAAGGCUUACGUGUGUCGGGUGUGCAACCGAGAUGGACAUCUGAAGAGGAUGUGCCCGAGACUACGCGAGGAACAGCUGUUCGCGUUGUAUGACGGAGACGCGGAUGGGCAGGUGGCGUUUAAAGAAGUUUUUGAAGACGGUUUGGGGCGGUUCACGGGCGGCAAGGUCGGGUUCGCGCUGCGCGAGAGGGCGCGGGCGGUGUUCCUGCGCGCGCGCCCGCUGCCGUACGCGCUGCGCGAGCCGGUGGAGCGUGCGCUGGAUCAGCUAGUGCGCGACGGCAUCAUCACGCCCGUGCCCACCUCGGACUGGGCCACUCCCGUCGUACCGUACCUCGAGUAG